GUUAAACUCUGGUGGCGCGUGCUCUCUCCAUCCCUCCUCGGUCCACGGUCAUGACGUAACGGACCCGGAAGACGUGCGUUCGCUGUCAAUGCCAACAACGGGCAGCUAAAAAGUCCGCAAUUAAGACAAGAUGGCAGGGCUGCCUCGCAGGAUCAUUAAGGAAACUCAGCGUUUGAUUGCAGAGCCUGUCCCAGGCAUAAUAGCGGAGCCGGAUGAGGGCAAUGCACGCUACUUUCAUGUGGUCAUUGCUGGACCUCAGGACUCACCGUUCGAGGGGGGCACGUUUAAACUUGAACUCUUUUUACCAGAGGAAUAUCCCAUGGCAGCUCCUAAAGUACGCUUCAUGACCAAAAUAUAUCAUCCCAAUGUGGACAAGUUGGGAAGAAUAUGUCUAGACAUUUUAAAAGAUAAAUGGUCACCGGCUCUGCAGAUUCGUACAGUGCUCCUCUCAAUCCAGGCCUUACUAAGUGCACCCAACCCUGACGAUCCCUUAGCAAAUGAUGUUGCAGAGAAGUGGAAGUCCAACGAAGCUGAAGCCAUAGAAACAGCCAAGUCGUGGACCAGGCUUUAUGCUGGAAACAAAAAUGAGGUGUAGAGCAUCCCAACACAAGCGGAGGUCAGACGUGAGCACUUGUCGCGGUUUGCCAAGGCCUCAUCUUAAAUUUGCAUUUAAGGGACACCUUAUUAAAUAAUUAACAAACUGUUACAGCAAACAAAUACAGCGAUUGACAAGUGGUGAUUUGAAUGCACACUAAUAAGAACGCAUCUCUGUCGAAACCCACUAUCGUCAAAAUGCAUGUGCAGACGAUUGACAUCUACUCACCUGGCUUUUUUGUACAUUGACUUUGCUGCAUGAACACGUGCAUCAAGUGAGGAAAGGAGGUCGUAAGACUCAUACUGUGCUUUGGGCCCACAACAUUUCAGGAGACACUGACUACAUGUGCUCACGUAUUUUACCUUUAUUGUUUUUAGUGCAGCUAACUACUAUUAACUCCCCUGGGUGAGGACAGGACAAAACUAAUUACCUGUAGCAUUUGGCUUCAUCAAGUGCACGAUAACAAGGCUAAACGCAAACUAAGCCUGCUGCAUUAAUUCUCUGCUGCUCCAGAGGUUAGGUUGGAUCACAUAACAUGUUUUAUCACAGUUUCCUGUCUUUUCUAUUGUGAAACUUGUUGCCAUACUAAUUACUCUGCUUUCUUAAUUUUUGUCCUCAGUAGAUGUCUAAUGAUGGGGGCUUAAUGGAAAGACCUACGUUGUCAGGUCAUAAUAAUAAUAAUAAUAAUAAUAAUAAUAAUAAUAAUAAUAAUAAUUAGUUAAAAACGAAUUUUUUUAAAAAAUAAUUGAAACUGUAUUGAUACCAGCAGUGCGGGAAAGUGAAUGUGCAUUUGACCUAUACCCUGGGGGAAUAAAUGAGGAUUUGACUGUAGACUGUCAUGAUUGGUCUUUUUCUGGAAGGGAGACGUUUUCCUUCUGUCACAAUGCUAUGACACUGCUCAUCUGCAAACAUUUAUGUUGUGUAAAUAAAAUGUGUUGAAUAAUAAACAGCUUCCUGGAUAUAA